CUGCUCCAAGCACAAAGACCUCCCCGCCGCCAUCUCCCUCUACGAAUCCGCCGUUUCUCAGAACACCCGCCUCAACCACCACCACUUCAACACUCUCCUCUACCUCUGCUCAAACUCCGUCGCCGACCCCUCCAUCAAGCAAUUGUCCUUGGAAAAUGGCUUCCGCAUGUUCGAUCACAUGUUGUCGAUCGGGAUACUUCCGAAUGAGGCCACCAUCACCGCCAUGGCCCGGCUUGCCGCUGCCAAAGGCGAUGGGGAUUAUGCGUUUGGGCUGGUGAAGGGUAUGGAGAAGUAUAAAAUUUUUCCGAGGUUGCGGAGUUAUGACCCGGCAUUGUUUUGCUUUUGUGAGAAAUUGGAGGCGGAGAAGGCGUAUGAGGUGGAGGAGCAUAUGGGUAUGGUGGGGGUGAGCCUGGAGGAGCCGGAGAUUGCAGCGUUGUUGAAGGUCAGCGCGGAAACGGGAAAUGGGGAGAGGGUUUAUGGGUACUUGCAUAAGUUGAGGAAUGCAGGGAGGUGUGUUAGUGAAUCAACGGCCAAGAACAUUGAGGAUUGGUUUUGUGGUGGAGCGGCUUGUGAGGUGGGUGAGGUGAAUUGGGACUCAGUUCGGGUUAAAGAGUCAGUUUUGAGGAAUGGAGGAGGGUGGCACGGGCAGGGGUGGAUCGGGAAGGGGGUUUGGGAUGUGAGGAGAGCCAAUGUGGAUUUGAGCAGCAGUCAAUGUAGCUCUUGUGGUGAGCGUUUAGUUUGUGUUGACCUUGAUUGUGCGGAGACGGAGAGGUUUGCGCAGUCGGUUGCUGCUUUGGCAAUGGAAAGGGAGGUUAAGUCUAAUUUCAGUGAGUUCCAGGAUUGGCUGGACAAGCAUGCUGAGUAUGAAGCUAUAGUGGAUGGAGCUAAUAUUGGGCUUUACCAGCAAAAUUUCGCUGAUGGUGGAUUCAGUCUUAUUCAGCUCGACGCUGUUGUAAAAGAAUUGUACAAUAGGAGUGGAGGGAAAUGGCCACUUGUUGUCAUGCAUAAUAGACGUUUCCGGGGACUUGUGGAAAAUCCUUCCCACAGAAAACUGUUCGAGGAGUGGAUGGGUAAAGGCAUUCUUUAUGCCACACCGAGUGGUUCCAAUGACGAUUGGUAUUGGCUCUAUGCUGCUGUGAAACUCAAAUGCUUGCUCGUUACAAACGAUGAAAUGCGAGACCACAUUUUUGAACUCCUAGGAAGCAGCUUCUUCCUCAAGUGGAAAGAGAGACACCAAGUACAUUUACUAGUUCGAUACACUUUUGCCAAAGGCAAUCUGAAACUUCAGAUGCCGCCCACAUAUUCUUCAGUCAUCCAGGAAUCCGAAAAUGGAUCAUGGCAUGUGCCCGUAGCAGAUGAAAGCUGUCAGGAGCCUGCAAGAACCUGGCUCUGUAUUACACGGCAAAGUGUAUCUAAAGCUUGUGGUGUAGUCUCACAGAAAUUGGCAUCUUCUCAGAACGGUGGUAUUUGCGACAACCAUGAGUUACGAUCAUGCACAUCAGACUCUGUUGCCAGUCACGAUGAUAAAACCACAGUUGUGACAGGCAAAAGAAAAGAGAGGUCGCCAUCUCCUUCCCAUCUAAAUAUUUCUCCUGCCUAGUUACUGUUUGCAGGAGGCCUUCAUUUUCCGGCUUGUUCUGGAGACGAUAACUUCUGUAAAUGGUUGUGGCUGAGUAAUGAGCUAGACAAUGGAGAUGGAAUGCUAUAAGGUAAAAUGACCCCACACUGCAACUGAAGUUUUCAGCAGUUUCCCCUUCUAUGAUUAGUAUCUCUGAGGUUGUACUGCAUCUCAAACAUACUGCAAGUUUCAUCUCCCUAGCAUUAUUGGCAGUCGAAUUUAACAGCAAAAGGAGAAGCGGAUUGAGGCUGGCCUGCGGUGAAGCUUGUUUGCGAUUUUAUCGAAUAAAGAUAUUAAUUUUGUUGUAGUUUAACAUUAAUUUGGUCCUUAUUCCUCUGGCAAAAUAAGAAGAAAAACUAAGGGAGUCUGGUAUGAUCCGGCUUGUUUCCCGACAAGACAUUUGAAAUUUACGGUCGCUGUGUGUUGAGGGGUUAUUGUGUAGGUUAA